CAAAAGCAGCAAAGGUACGGUUUUCCUUUCUAGUCUCUCUGAAGAAAAGGAUUGAUCUGCUCGACUCCACUUCGCUUUUUCUCUUCCCAUUCAAACCCGGGGAGUCGUUCUGCUCUGAGUACAACAUGAAGCCCCAAAGGUUUCUUCUCCUCAGCUCCAUCUUCCUUGCCAUCUUAUUCUUCUUCAGCACAAGCCCUGUGACAUCUCAAGAAGUUGAGGAUGAGAAGGAUUUCAGCUAUGAGAGCGGGAGCGAGACGGGACCCGAGCACUGGGGCGAGCUCCACACGGAAUGGUCGGCUUGUGGGAAGGGCAAACUCCAGUCUCCGAUCGACUUGUCCGACGAAAGGGUGCAGGUGGUUCACCAGUUGGGUCAGCUGCGCAGUUCCUAUCGCCCUGCCGAUGCUGUCAUGAAGAAUCGUGGCCAUGACAUUGAGAUCAAAUGGGAAAAUCACACAGGGGGGAUCUGGAUAAAUGGAACCAAAUACGAUCUCAAACAAUUGCAUUGGCACUCACCAUCAGAGCAUACCAUCAACCGGCACAGAUACUCACUUGAGUUGCACAUGGUUCAUCAAACCACCGACAACAAGACAGCCGUGGUCGGUAUUUUGUACAAAAUUGGCCGCCCUGAUCCAUUCCUUGCCAAGAUGGAGAAAUACAUUAAGAAAAUGGAAGACAUGGCAGAAUCCGAGGAGGAGAAGUUGGGCAUGGUGGAUCCAAGGGACGUAAAAAAGGGGAGUAGGAAGUAUUAUAGAUACAUGGGCUCCCUGACCACUCCUCCUUGCACCGAAGGAGUCGUGUGGACCAUCAUUAGGAAGGUGCGAACAGUUUCAAAACACCAAGUCAACUUGUUGAGAGAAGCCGUCCAUGAUCAUGCGGAGAUGAAUGCAAGGCCUCUACAGCUGCUUAACAAUAGGCCUGUUGGCUUGUAUCGACCUCGAAAGAUUCGAUCUUGAUUCAACGAAUGUUACUUGAAAGUUAGUGCAUUGUGGAGGAUAGCAUGGCAUACUUUGGCUCACCACAGCAGCUGCCGAUCUGUUGGUUUGAUGAGGCAAUUGAUCAAGUUGUUUGAUGCGGCAAUAGAUACGUUUCAUUCUGCUGCUUUCCGCACUUCAGACAUAUUACACCAAUAAAGUUUGUGAGCUAAUUACAGUUUCUUUCUGAUAUUGUCCCAAGCUGCUUAUGUUCAUACAUGUAUAAUGUAUCUUGAAGGAAUGCUUGCUCCAUAAUGUAAAAUCACUACUCAAUAA